ACAGCAUCUUCAGAUACAACACCUUCUUCAACAUCUGCUGCUGAAACUACAACACAAGGAACUACGGCAUCUUCAGAGACAAUAUCUGCUUCAACAUCUGCUGCUUUAACUACAGUACAAGUAACUACAGCAUCUCCAGAAACAACCUCUGCUUCAACAUCUGCUGCUGAAACUACAGGACAUGUAACUACAGCAUCUUCAGAGACAAACCCUGCUUCAACAUCUGCUGCUGAAACUACAGGACAAGUAACUACACCAUCUUCAGAGACAACGCCUGCUUCAACAUCUGCUGCUGAAACUACAGGACAAGUAACUACAGCAUCCUCAGAGACAACAUCUGCUUCAACAUCUGCUGCUGAAACUACAACACAAGGAACUAUGGUAUCUUCAGAGACAACAUCUGCUUCAACAUCUGCUGCUGAAACUACAGCACAAGUAACAACACCAUCUUCAGAGACAACCCCUGCUUCAACAUCUGCUGCAGAAAUUUCAGCACAAGUAACUACACCAUCUUCAGAGACAACGCCUGCUUCAACAUCUGCUGCUGAAACUACAGGACAAGUAACUACAGCAUCCUCAGAGACAACCUCUGCUUCAACCCCUGCUUCAACAUCUGCUGCUGUAACUACAACACAAGGAACUACGGCAUCUUCAGAGACAACCUCUGUUUCAACAUCUGCUGCUGAAACUACAGCACAAGUAACUACAGUAUCUUCAGAGACAACCCUUGCUUCAACAUCUGCUGCUGAAACUACAGCACAAGUAACUACAGCAUCUUCAGAGACAACCCCUCCAUCAACAUCUGCUGCUGUAACGACAGCACAAGUAACUACAGCAUCUUCAGAGACAGCCUCUGCUUCAACAUCUGCUGCUGAAACUACAGCACAAGUAACUACAGCAUCUUCAGAGACAACCCCUGCUUCAACAUCUGCUGCUGAAACUACAGCACAAGUAACUACAGCAUCUUCAGACAAAAGUAACUAUAGCAUCUUCAGGGACAACUUCUGCUUCAACAUCUCCUGCUGA